CCCCUCCUGCAGGAGCACUGUCCCAGUGUUCAGCUGAAACACAAAGAGAAGGGAGAGAGCUUUUCUUCUCUUUAUAUUUCAUGUGACAUCAGAAAGAGAGUGAACCACGCGCAGCCUCUGCGCCCUCUCUGACCUACAGGAACUCCUCUUUCCCUCCAGCGCGCACACGCAGCGUCACGCGCAGCGAGAGAGAGAGAGAGAGGGAGAGAGAGAUGGACUCGGACUCGGAUGCUCCUUUCACUUUAGGUCUGAAGAGGAGGGACCAGAGCAGAGCCGGUUAAUGUCCGCUGUGAGUUCAGGGAGAGCGGCAGAGCGCGCCACACCACCUCUGCUGUCAGACUCCACGCGCGCUGUGUCUCCAAACAUCUGCAGGGGGGGAGUCUCCUUGUCUCCUUGUCUCCUUGUCUCCUCACCUCUCCACGAACCCCCUCACCAGGCUUCCAGGCACGCUACCCACUCAGAGCUCCUCCACUGUGUCUCCAGAGGCGCGCGCAAGACUUCCACUCCCCGCUGCUCUGUGCGCACGGACACUUUCUCUCCCCACGCGCCCACAGAGGGUCCGCUGCGCUCCCGGGUCUCGUCCCCCCUCAUCGGAAGACCCCCUGGUCUCCUCAGCUCCGAGCUCUACUGCUCUCUAACUCUCUUUAAAGCUUGAUUAAUAAGUUUCGUGUUGAACUCGGACUGAGGAACAAACAAUGUGAUUCUGGCUAAUGAGGAUUUAGCGUCGUGACAUGCUUUAAGGACCCGGCGUCUCCACGAGGACAUGUUUGCAAACAAAUCCUCGGAGGCAGCGCCGCUCUGGAGGCACAACUCAACUUUCUGGUCUGGUUUAAGCUCACAGAGAGGAGCUGAGGAGGCGGCAGAGUAUCAGCCGAGGACUCCCUGCAUUGAUGGUUACAUGAAUGUCAGCGCUGCAGGCCAGAUGCCGGUGAUGGAGGAGCUUGUCAGCGAGAGUGACAGCAUGCCACAGCGGAUGGCCCUGAUCUGCUUCCUGUCUCUGGUCAUGCUGAUGAGUGUCCUGGGAAACCUGCUGGUCAUGGUGGCCGUCUGCAAAGACAGACAACUCAGGAAAAUCAAGACCAACUACUUCAUCGUGUCUCUGGCGUUCGCCGACCUGCUGGUGUCAGUGCUGGUGAUGCCGUUUGGUGCCAUCGAGCUGGUCCACCAGCACUGGAUCUAUGGGGAGACGUUCUGCCUGGUCCGGACCUCGCUGGACGUCCUGCUGACCACAGCCUCCAUACUGCACCUGUGCUGCAUCGCCCUGGACAGGUACUACGCUAUCUGCUGCCAGCCUCUGGUCUACAGGAACAAAAUGACGCCGAUGAGAGUCGCUCUGAUGAUUGGCGGCUGCUGGGUUAUUCCCACCUUCAUCUCUUUUCUUCCCAUCAUGCAGGGCUGGAACAGCAUCGGCAUCGACCACCUGAUCGAGCAGCGGCGUCACAGCGAGGGCAGCAACUCCACCUCCUGUGUCUUCAUGGUCAACAAGCCAUACGCCCUCACCUGCUCUGUGGUGGCCUUCUACAUCCCGCUGGUCCUCAUGGUGCUGGCCUACCAGAGGAUCUACGUCACAGCCCGUGCACACGCCCUGCAGAUCAGCAUGCUGCAGCGAGCGGGCGGAGCAGGUUCUAACACAGACUCUGCCGACCACCAACGCAACCACCGAAUGAGAACAGAGACCAAAGCAGCAAAGACUCUGUGCAUCAUCAUGGGCUGUUUCUGCCUCUGCUGGGCGCCGUUCUUCAUCACAAACGUAGUGGACCCCUUUAUAGACUACACAGUGCCGGACCAGCUGUGGGUCGCCUGCCUCUGGCUGGGCUACAUCAACUCCAUGCUGAACCCCAUCCUCUACGCCUUCCUCAACAAGUCCUUCCGCCGUGCCUUCCUCAUCAUCCUGUGCUGUGGGAGGAAGAGGUACCGCAGGCCGUCCAUCCUGGGGUCCGGUGCUGCCUGCACAGCCACGCAGAUCAACGGAUCCACGCAUGUACUCAAGUAUUCUGUCCUUCACAACGGGAGCAACGUGGAGCAAGAGAAGAAGUCUCUGCACACCUACAUAGAGUCCCACGAGUCCUGCUUGUGACCUACGAUGACUCCUCAGUCUCAUCUCCAAAGACCACGGCUGGAACACGGUCACCGCAGAGUCAACGAGCAGGCACACAGCUCCAGAAAAGAAACCCUGAUGGGACUGUAGAGGGCCCAGGCGAGGAAUGUGACUCAUUCUGUGGUCCCUAAAGGUGGCAGGGACCCAGAGGACUGGAGCCACAACCAGCCCCCUGUCUUUCUGAUGCUGUGUCUGUCGUGCUGGUUCUCUUGGCCGAGCUGUCCUUGGUGGAACUGAAACAGAGCCUGAAUGCGGCUCCAGCAGCUCGGUGGUACUUUCAGGAGAGCUUCACAGCCAUGGAUGUGAUUAAUGACUGGGAGUCUAUGAAGUGAAUUAUUUUGCCAAAGCUAUUUUACAUACAUAGGACCUAUUUCUGAUCAUUAUAUGAUUCUCCCUGUUGUUUUCCCUGAAACAUCAGAAAGAUUGAUGAUAUUGUUAGAACGUUGUAUAAAAAAAGUAGAGUUUAUGUAUAAAAACAAAGUGUUAUUUUCAGAAAAAGAGGCAGAGUUGAGAACAAUAUUUAUUUUGGGAAGCAUCACACACUUUAUAUCACGUUCCUCCGCCUUGGAUGCAAAGAGAAAUAACAUGUAUGUGUCCCGGGUUGAAGCUUUAAAGCUUUGCUGGAUCCUCACAGAGCUGAGAGGAAAAUGCGGUUGCAAGGCCGCGUUACAUCCUUGACCUAAACUGUCCAAGUGCAUUAUUAUUACAGAGGCUGCUAGCUCACAUUCAUGUACAUCACUUCCUGAGGUUCAUAGUUUUCCAUGCAGCAGGAUGUUAGAGGACUGAAACACAUAAAGCUGCUCAUGAAUAAUUCAA